UUUUUUAUGAUAUUCAUGUUUAUAUAAUCCAAAAAAAUGUAACCAUUUGUUGUAUAAUACAUUUUGCAAGUCAAACUAUGAUCUAAAUAUAAUAUGGUUAUUACGUGGUGCGAAGAGCGUAUGCCACACAGCCUGACGGGGUAAUCUUUGGAUUUAAAAAACCGCCCUUCCACAUAUAUAUAAAAGGAUUAUCUCUUCAUUUCCCCUUUUCGUUGUUUUCAUUCUUUAAAUAUAUAUAUUCAUGGAUCCUUCAUUUAUCGUUUUCUCAGGUGGUUCUGCUUGCAACUUUAUUACAAGUACAUUUCAGACCAUUACUCCAAGUGUAUGCUAUGUUCUAGGUGUAUCUGACAAUGGUGGCUCUACAAGUGAACUAUUAAGAGUCUUGGGUGGACCCAGUAUUGGCGAUUUGAGAUCUCGACUGACAAGAUUGAUCAGCAUUGAUGGUCUUGAUGCAGAAGAACAAGCAGCCAUAAAAGAAUUACUCAGUUAUCGUCUAGACUCUAUAGGUGAUGAUAAUGCCAUACGUGAUGAUUGGUCUGCUAUUGUCGAAGGCAGACACAGAUUGUGGGACAAGAUCUCGAUUGAAAAAAAGGAAACCAUUCGAGGCUUUUUGGUGUCGUUUAACUGUGAAAUAUUAAAACGAGCCCAUAAGCAUUUUAACUUUCGUAACGGAUCCAUUGGAAACUUUUUCUUGACGGGUGCUCGAUUGUUUUUUGGUUCUCUGGAAGCAGCCAUCUUCUUGUUCUCGUCUAUCACUGCUAUUCGUCAACCUACCUGUGUCGUACCUGUGAUCAACACGAAUCACACAGCGGCCAUUGCUGCUUUAUUAGAAGAUGGUCAUAUAUUAAGGGGACAAUGUGAAAUCAGUCAUCCUGGAUAUCGUCAAUCGAGAAACAAGACCAUGAACCCGAUUGAUGCCUUUUCAAAACUAGCCUUACCUAGCUCGCCUAUUGUUGGUAAUGAUGAAGAGGAUGAGAUCAAUGGUAAUCUUAUAUUCAGCAAAUCCACCGAGGAACAACUGUCUGCACCUAUUUCAAGAAUAUACUACAUGAAUGAGUACGGUCAAGAGAUCUAUCCACUACCUAAUCCCAAGGUACUCGAUCACCUCAACACACGUACUGAGCUUGUCUACUCGAUUGGCUCCCUUUACACAUCCAUCUUACCAUGCCUCAUCUUGCGCAAGAUCGGACAUGCGAUUGCAAAUUCUCCUUCCUUAAAACACAAGAUCUUGAUACUGAACGGUACUACUGAUCGAGAGACGGAUGGUUACACUGCACUUGAUUUCAUUGGCACCAUCACCAAUGCGUUGAAUGAAAGCCAGCUAAUUGAUGCUCGACGCGCAUUUUACGAUUCACACACAGAAGAAGAUUCCACAUUUUAUACCAGACCUGUUAACUAUGGUUUUAGACAAUGGCCACCUCUUUAUAGAUUACGUACAUCCUGUGGGUUACAAGAAGGAUACACAGGUGCAAACAGCCCUCGUGAGCGUUCGACAGGAGCGUCUACGCCAUUCCCUCCUGAACUCGUGCCUAAUGAGCCACCGUCAAGGUAUAUUACACAUUUAAUUUAUCUUUCUAAUUCACAGGUACCUGUUGAUCGAGAAGCAAUCGAAUCUCUAGGCAUACAAUGUGUAGUUGCAGAUCCAGAUCCAAAUUCAGAGGAGCCAAGGUAUCAUCCUGGACUCUUGCAAGAAGUGUUGUCAGAGAUCAUUGCUCAAAAAUAAAUGGCCUUGAGGCUCUAAAAAUAAAUAUUUUUUAAACAAUGCUUUCUCUUUCGGACUUAAUGAUUUUCUUUUUUAAUCCAUUGACCGAGAUUGCC